UUUAUUAUGACGUUUACUUUUCCACAGAAUUAGUGACGAAUUAAGUGUUUAUUUGCCGUAGUAAUUGAAAAAUAUGGCUGCUGAAAUUAAGCCUGCACCUAGAACACCCAAUGAUAGAUUUUCUACAACAAAAAAACCAGCGCUUUUGAGCAAACUCGAAGGUUGCACCGACGAUGUUAAUGCUGCAGUCGUGAUACCUGGCGAGGAUGGAGUUAUUAGCGUUUGUGAUGAUAAGACUGUACGAGUAUGGCUAAAGCGUGAUUCCGGGCAGUACUGGCCUAGCAUCUGUCAAUACAUGCCGUCUGGCUGCACAUCAAUGUUCUACACUCCAGAGACUCGGCAACUAUUCAUUGGCCAGGAGAAUGGAACUAUUUCAGAGUUCACACUGGCGAUGGACUGUAAUAGAAUAAAUCCUACACGUGAAUAUCUAGCACAUACAGCACGGGUGACAGCUGUGGUGUUCUCUCUGAGUUGUGAAUGGGUCCUCUCUGUGAGUCGGGACAAGCUAUUUGCAUAUCAUUGUAGUGAGACAGGCCGUAGGAUCGGCGGGUACUCCUUUGAAGCGUGGUGUACCACUUUGCAAUUUGAUUCUCAGUCGAAAUACGCGUUUGUUGGCGAUUACAGUGGCUUGAUAACAAUGUUGAAAUUGGACAAUAACGGCGCAGCACUAGUUACUACUUUAAAAGGCCAUACAGGAUCAGUUCGUGUUCUAAAUUGGGCGCCAAUACCUCAGUUGUUGUUUAGCGGUUCUUUCGAUCAGACUAUUAUAGUAUGGGAUAUCGGUGGUCAGAAAGGAACCGCCUACGAGUUACAAGGACAUAGUAACAAAGUGACGGGGCUGUGGUACGUGGGUGGGUGCGAGCGGCUGGUGUCGGCGGGCGAGGACGGGGCGCUGGGGGUGUGGGAGAUGGGGGUGAGACGACGCGAGACUCCCGCCUGGCGCGAGGCCGACCUCUGCCAGCUCUGUCGCGCUCCCUUCAUAUGGAACGUGCGCGCUAUGAUGGAGAAGAAGCAGAUAGGUCUCCGUCAGCACCACUGCCGGUGGUGUGGUGCGGCGGUGUGCGGGCCAUGCUCUCCACACCGGCUGCCACUGCCAGUCAUGGGGUUCGAGUUCCCGCAGCGCGUCUGCACCGCCUGCUAUGAAACAUUGCGACAUGAACCUCGCGAGUCCCUAGCAUCGUUCCACGACAUGAAGCACGCGGUGGCGUCACUGUACGUGGACGAGGCGACAGGACGGCUGUGUACGGCGGGCAAGGACCGCGUUGUCAAAGUAUGGGACGCGGCCGCGCUACUUGCACCUGCGCCACGUCCCGGCACCAGCGAAAACUAGCCGAUAUUCAACCUUAUUCAUAUGGGAAUAAAGUCCAAAUUUGUGUGCUGAGUGAUGUAAGUGUUUGUAAAGACACAUUAUGGUUCGUAUUUAUCCUGUCCCUAUCGUUUAUGUAAUUUGUCACUUAAUCAGCUUUUCAUUUAAUGGUUUUUUAGUUAAAAUAAACAUUUCUUGUUUUUAAAACUAAAAAGCCUACUAACUGUAGGCCUUUGAUGCUCCGGUGAAAAGUACGAGUGGAAUGUAAUUUGUUAAAAUCGACUCUAAUGUUUAGGCUACAAGGGUCAUAAUAGAAUUCAAGAAACAUAAAAAUCCAACAAAAUAAAAGUUUACAUUUAAAGAUUUUUUUUUCCUAAUGUGUGUCCGCAAAAAAAAUCGGCAUUCUUCUAACAUCGACUAGAUCAGGGAUUCUCAAAGGGGUCGAUAUCGAACUUAAAGCAUUGCUAAUUCUCACUCUGUCUUCUUCAAUUGACUUA